AAAAACGUAAAGAACACAAGGAACUGAGGGAAUAAGCUCUAAAACCUCCGUUCUCUCUCUUCGGUUCUUUGUCUAUUCGCCGCCACCUAACUACCCGCCAUUAACGGAGUGUGACUGACCCACCAUCGCUGGUCACUCAGUCACUUACCCAUUCGGCUCCACAAAGCUAUGAGCCACGGCGCACGGGGAGGAAACAAGCAGAUCGAAUCGAGUCGCCGUCAUCUCCCGUCUUCGAAGAAGCAGUUCGGAGAAGAAGCAAAAACCCAAGCAAAUUAGCCCAGAUACCAAAAACCCUUUGCUUUACAAUCAAACUAACUUUCCCCCCGACUCAAAAAAAUGACCGAAAGUGGUUCCACUUCCGCUGUGGCUGUGGCGGUGGAAAGCUAUGUAAUGGUGCACAACAUUGCUAAACGCCACAACGUCGGCACAUUGGCCCGGAGCGCCACCGCUUUCGGCGUAUCGGAGUUAAUACUGGUUGGCCGCCGUGACUUUAACUCCUUCGGCAACCAUGGCUCCGUCUCUCACCUCCGCUUUCGCCAUUUCCACUCUCUAGUCGAGGCGCGUAACUACCUCAAGGAGAGAAAUUGUGAUAUUUGUGGUGUGGAGAUUACGAAUGAUGCUGUACCCGUUAAUCAACAUCCCUUUACCAGGAGUACUGCAUUUUUACUCGGGAAUGAGGGAACAGGCCUCUCAACCAAGGAAUGUGAGAUAUGUGACUUCUUUGUGUAUAUUCCACAAUAUGGAAGUGGUACUGCUUCAUUAAACGUUACUAUAGCAGCUUCUAUAGUCCUUCAUCACUUCGGAGCCUGGGCAGGAUUUAGUGAGAGGAGCCGUGAUGGGAACAAAUUUGUUGUUGCUGAAAGGCCAACAAGACAAUCAAGGCGUAGUAUGUGUACUGAAUCAGAUGAUGCUGUUGUAGAGGAGCGUCGUCUUCGCAAGGAAAAUGCUGCUCAUAGUUUCCUUGAUGAAACUGGUGACGGUGACGCAGGCACCAACUUCAUGGAUACAUUAUUUGACAAGUUAAACAGUAAUGAAGUUGAUUUAAGUGUCUCAGACCAAAAUUUGAUUAAAUAGCUAGCUCCUUGGAACGUAUCCAAGAUGGCGUUGACUCUUAUAGCCAGCCACGGCUAAACAUCUCAAACUUUACAGUGAUGGCUUCUGAGUUCCAUGUCGCGUAAAGUAAAAUCUUGAAAAUGUACAAUGAUUUUUCUGUACCUUCAGUGAGUUUAGUUAUUAGCCAUAGACAGGACAGUCUUGCAACUUGGAAGUUGCCCCCAAACUGUCUGUGUUUCUCUCUCUUUUUCUGGAUGGGAAACGUUUUAGGGAUUGUGUGUGUCCAAGGAGCUUGUUUGGGUAAGCAAGACAUGCGAUUUCUUCGAUAAUUUAAAAUUUGUUUCUUUACUGAUUUAUAAAAUUCAGGAUGUAAAGUAAACUGGGUAGAGAAUUUCCAAAUGCUGAUUUCCUUGGAAGAAAGUGAAAUUAUUCUUUGAUUUA